AAAACAAUCCGCGACCUGGCAACUUCUCCUGGGCAGUCGAUUGUUUUCUAAGCAGUUUGUGCCAGGCUGUCACGGGGUACAUAGUGUCUGGAGUGUGGCAUAUAUCUGAUAAGACAACAAUGGCUUCUAGAAAGAGGAAGCCGGUUACCACGCACUUCAAAACCAGUCUCAGUCUACAGAAGGUAGUUGAGUUUCUUCCUACUCAGCACCGUCUCUUCCACCCGGGUGACUUUUCAGAGGAAGGUCUACUGAGUGAUGACCUGUAUUUUGUGGGAGAUGUCGUGUCUUUUUCAGAGUUUCGUAAGAGAAAGGACAAACCUGUGGCAACGGCUGUGUUGCGUCCAGUUUUGCAAGAUGGCAGCAAAGAAGUAGAUACAGUGAAAUGCGUUUUGACUGGCACAUUCUUUGAAGAGCUGAAGAGGCCAAUGAACAGAGAGGCGGUGUGAUGUGGGUAGUCUUACACAAUCCCU